GUCACAAUGUCAAGCUAUUACAAACUUCAUCUUCGCAAUGUCAAGCUAUUACAAAUCUUCACAAUGUCAAGCCAUUACCAAUCUUCACAAUGUCAAGCUAUUACAAACUUCAUCUUCACAAUGUCAAGCUAUUACAAACUUCAUCUUCACAAUGUCAAGCUAUUACAAAUCUUCACAAUGUCAAGCUAUUACCAAUCUUCACAAUGUCAAGCUAUUGCCAAUCUUCGCAAUGUCAAGCUAUUACAAAUCUUCACAAUGUCAAGCUAUUACAAAUCUUCACAAUGUCAAGCUAUUACCAAUCUUCACAAUGUCAAGCUAUUACCAAUCUUCGCAAUGUCAAGCUAUUACAAAUCUUCACAAUGUCAAGCCAUUACAAACUUCAUCUUCACAAUGUCAAGCUAUUACAAACUUCAUCUU